GGGCUCUGCCAAUCGCGGGCGGGCAGAGCGGGGCCAGGGAUGCGCGGGGCUCGGAGCGCAGACAAAAGAAGUUAAAGAGCCGCUUAAUAUAUACAUGUUUUUGAAGGCGGGUAAAGGGAAAAAAAUAACAACAGCGAGCCUAGAUGGGCUUGGCUGUGUCGUUAUGGAGCCCCCUUUGAGCAAGAGGAACCCGACACUGAGAUUAGCGGAUUUGGCAGCGGCUCAGCCCCAUCCUCACCAGAACAUGACAGGCUUCCCGGGGCUGGGGAACCACCACGUCCACCCCCAUCACGCGGCCCACCUCCACCCCGGGGACGCGGGCGGCGACCCCGGCGGCGCCCUCACGCCGCUCGGACCCGAGCACAUGGCGCAGCCCGCCGCCCUCAAGCUCACGCCCGAGGCGCUCACCGCCGCCGCCUUCGCCGCCCCGCCGCCACCACCUCCGCCGCCGCCGCCGCCACCGCCGCCGCCACCACCGCCGCCGCCUACGCCGCCCGCCGCCGCCCUCCCGGGAUACCCGUCGGGGGAGGCGGCGGGCCGGGACUUCCUCCUGCGGCGGGAGCUGCCCGCCGCCGCGGCCGCCGUGCACGGGGCGCUGGCCGAGCAGCACCCUCCCGCCGGCUCCCCCCACCUUCCGCACCCGCCACCGCACGGCGUCUUCAUCUCGGCCGCCGGCACCUACGGCGGCACCGACGGGGCGCACGCCGCCUUUCCGCCGCCGCCGCCCGGCGAGCAGGGCGCGCCCGCCGGCCGCCAUCCGCCGCUCAACGGGCAGAUGCGCCUGGGGCUGGCGGCCGCCGCCGGGGAGCUCUACGGGCGCGCCGAGGCUCACUACGGGGCCGCCGCCGCCUCCUCCUCCUCCUCGGCGUUGCAAGGCUACGGCUCCGUCAACCUCAACCUGGCGGCGGCCGGCCACGGACACCCGCACCACCCCCAUCCCCACCACCACCACCAUCACCACCAUCACCACCAUGGCCACGUCGGGGCAGCGGCGGCGGCGGCCGGGGCUUUCCUGCGGUACAUGCGACAGCCCAUCAAGCAAGAGCUGAUCUGCAAGUGGAUCGACCGGGAGCCGCCUCCUCCACCUCCGCCGCCGCCACCGGGCGGUAGGAAGCCUUGCUCCAAAACUUUCAGCACGAUGCAGGAGCUGGUGAGCCAUGUCACCGUGGAACACGUCGGUGGGCCCGAGCAGAGCAGCCACGUGUGCUACUGGGAGGAGUGUCCCCGCGAAGGCAAGCCCUUCAAAGCGAAAUACAAACUCAUCAACCACAUCCGAGUACACACGGGAGAGAAACCCUUCCCUUGUCCCUUCCCCGGCUGCGGGAAGGUCUUCGCUCGCUCCGAAAACCUCAAGAUCCACAAGCGGACUCAUACAGGGGAGAAGCCCUUCAAGUGCGAGUUCGACGGCUGCGAGAGGAAGUUCGCCAACAGCAGCGACCGCAAGAAGCAUUCCCACGUCCACACCUCGGACAAGCCCUACUACUGCAAGAUCCGCGGCUGCGACAAGUCCUACACGCACCCCAGCUCCCUGCGGAAGCACAUGAAGAUCCACUGCAAGUCCCCGCCGCCCUCCCCGCCGCCGGGCUCGCAGGGCUUCGCGGCGGCGGGGCCCCCCGACGGCCCGCUGCCCCCCGAGGCCGAGCCGGCCGCCGAGCCGCCCCGCGGCCGCGCCGCCGCGCUCUCCCCGCCGGUCACCAACCUCAGCGAGUGGUACGUCUGCCAGGCCGGGGGCGCUCCCCGCCGGCCCCGCACCCCCUCCAGCCGCGACAGCUCCCCGGCAUCCGAGGAGGACGAGCCCCACAGGACCUCGGGGGGCAGAACUGCUCCCUAG